UAUGUAGUCAUUCAAAAGAGAAAGGUCAUCAAUCUCUCUCAUCUUUAUAUAUAUAUAUAUAUAUAUAUAUAUAUAUUUAAAAUUUGUCACAACUUCUAUCAUUCAAUACCCUAUUGGCUAUUAGUGCUUUCUCCUCCAGUGUGUUCUUAUGUCUCAGCUAGAUGGAAAAGGAAAAGUGGUACAAAUCCUUGCGGCUUCAUUCUUCGGUUAUGCGGCGGCUAGGGUGGCAGCCGCUCGUUUCAGCCGGCCAAAGUUGUCUGAGCAGCCACCGUUGCUCGUUGACCAACACUUGAUUCCUCGCUUAGAGAGAACCCAGUCUGGCCGUGUUCAACAACUUGAAAAAUUCUCCCAUUUCGUCGCUAGGCAGCUGGGAUUUGAGAAUACAAAUGAGUGUGAAGAGCUAUGCAGAUUGGCUAUGGAGUAUUUGAGAAAACCAAAAGGAUGUGAGCAAAGUAUAUAUGAGUACUUUGGUAAAGAAGAGGAAGUGGAUUCUCUGUAUGUGAUGUUGCUGGAAGAGUUUGAGAGAUGUAUUCUCUCUUAUUUUGCUUUUCAUUGGUCCCAAGCUUCUCUCAUCAUUAGUCAGUGUUACAGUGUAGAGUCCGGAACGAAAACAAAGCUCAAAGGCUUCGUUUUGGCAGCAACGCGGAAACAAAGGUUUGAGAGAGUAACCAGAGACCUAAAGGUAACUAGGUUGUUCUCUACAUUGGUGGAAGAAAUGAAAGCCAUUGGAGGAAGCCCUAGGAAUAAAGAUGGCCAAUGUACGGACAUCAUGGUGCCGGCUGCUCUGAGCGAGCGGAGUCCGGUGCUCCUGCUCAUGGGCGGCGGCAUGGGAGCUGGCAAGAGUACAGUACUCAAAGACAUUCUCAAAGACUCAUUUUGGUCGGAAGCUGGAAGCAAUGCGGUGGUGGUUGAGGCAGAUGCUUUCAAAGAGACAGAUGUUAUUUACAGAGCCCUUAACUCCAUGGGUCAUCACAACGACCUACUCCAAACUGCCGAAUUGGUGCACCAAUCGUCGACAGAUGCAGCGUCGUCACUAUUAGUGACGGCACUGAACGAAGGGCGUGACGUGAUCAUGGAUGGGACCCUUUCGUGGGAGCCCUUUGUGAAGCAAACGGUGGCCAUGGCUAGGAAUGUUCACAAGUUUCGGUACCGUAUGGGUGUUGGCUACAAAGUGGCCGAAGAUGGUACUAUAAAUGAAAAUUAUUGGGAACAAAUAACAGCAAAUGACAUUAUUAAUGGAGAAAAUAAUGACUCAUUAGUGCCCAAAAGAAAGCCCUACAGAAUUGAGUUGGUUGGAGUCGUUUGUGACCCUUAUUUGGCUGUCGUUAGAGGCAUUAGGAGAGCUAUAAUGAUUGGAAGGGCAGUGAGAGUGAAUUCACAGUUAACGUCCCACAAAAGAUUUGCUACUGCAUUUCCAAGAUAUUGCCAUCUUGUGGAUAAUGCCAGGCUUUAUUGUACCGAUUCCAUGGGAGGGCCACCAAAGCUAAUAGGAUGGAAGGAAGGAGAACAGAAGUUGUUGGUUGACUCAGAAGAAAUUGAAUGUUUGAAUACUAUAAGAAGCUUGAACUCAAAUGCUGAUUCAAUUCACGAGCUCUAUGCUGACUCCACCACCAUAUUUCGCCCAGGUUUUAUUUGGAAUGACAUCGUUUUAUCCCCCUCCAGGUCAUCCAUUCAGAAACGCCUUAGGGAAUCCAUUCAAAAAAUAGAAAAUAGUAAUAUUAAUACCUCUUGAAUAUAACUUAAAAUAACAAUCCAUUUGUAGCUCUUUGGAUUUUUUUUGUUAACAUUUCUGUUGGUUUGAAAUAUAUGUAAUAUUGUGCUAUAUACUUUUUGUGAA